AUGCCAUCCUUGCUUAUUGUUUUUACAACAUACCCAACUAAGGAGUCUGCUGAAAAGGUCUCAUAUGAGCUGUUAGCCAGAAAGCUUGCUGUAUGCUGCCAAAUAUCUCAGGUAGCAUCCAUUUACUCCUGGAAAGGAAGUGUGGAGAAAGAAACAGAAUAUAAAUUGACUAUAAAGACAUCAUCCUCUUUAUUUGAUAAGAUCCAGAGGUUUAUGGAAGAAAGUCAUCCAUACGAAGUCCCAGAAAUCAUUGGUAUAGAAGCUCGCUCAGCAUCCAAAGAAUAUCUAGAGUGGCUGCACCUCCAGAUAGACAAUCUUUAG